UCAAAAAGUAAAAUGAAGUACAUUCUAGUUACUGGUGGUGUUAUAUCAGGAAUCGGAAAAGGAAUCAUUGCCAGCAGCGUGGGCACAAUACUGAAGUCAUGCGGUUUACACGUAACUUCAAUUAAGAUUGACCCAUACAUUAACAUUGAUGCAGGAACAUUCUCUCCCUAUGAACAUGGUGAGGUUUUUGUGCUGGAUGAUGGUGGGGAAGUCGACCUUGACCUGGGGAACUAUGAGCGCUUCCUUGACAUCCGCCUCACCAAGGACAAUAAUCUGACCACUGGAAAGAUCUACCAGUAUGUCAUUAACAAGGAACGCAAAGGAGAUUACUUGGGGAAAACCGUCCAAGUUGUUCCUCACAUCACAGAUGCAAUCCAGGAGUGGGUCAUGAGACAGGCAUUAAUACCUGUGGAUGAAGAUGGCCUGGAACCUCAAGUGUGUGUUAUUGAGCUCGGUGGAACAGUGGGAGAUAUAGAAAGCAUGCCCUUUAUUGAGGCCUUCCGUCAGUUCCAGUUCAAGGUCAAGAGAGAGAACUUUUGUAAUAUUCACGUCAGUCUUGUUCCUCAGCCAAGUUCAACAGGGGAGCAGAAGACCAAACCCACCCAGAAUAGCGUUCGGGAGCUCAGAGGGCUCGGGCUUUCUCCGGAUCUGGUUGUGUGCAGGUGCUCAAAUCCUCUCGACACGUCAGUGAAAGAGAAAAUCUCGAUGUUCUGCCACGUCGAACCUGAACAAGUGAUCUGUGUCCAUGAUGUCUCAUCCAUCUACCGAGUCCCCCUGUUGUUAGAGGAGCAGGGAGUAGUGGACUAUUUUCUCCGGAGACUUGACCUUCCGAUCGAGAGGCAGCCACGAAAAAUGCUGAUGAAGUGGAAAGAGAUGGCAGACAGAUAUGAUCGCUUGCUGGAGACCUGCUCUAUCGCCCUUGUGGGCAAAUACACCAAGUUCUCAGACUCGUAUGCCUCUGUCAUUAAAGCUCUGGAGCAUUCUGCACUGGCCAUCAACCACAAGUUAGAAAUCAAGGUAAGGAGGGGCGGCCCGCGUAUGGCUGAGGCAUGGACGGGGAGGGUUUCUGGAUUCUCAUAGAUGGCUAUAGGCCUAUCUGCUUUGUAUUCUUGGAACUCAGCAUUUCUUUUUAGGAAUAGAAAGGAUUCAUGGUUGGCUCCUGGCUUUGAGAGAGAAUAGUAGAACAUUUUCAGGAAACAGUGAAGGGGAGAGAUGGUCAGGGUAGUAGUUGCGAAAGAGCGAAUGGUUGAAUCUGAGUAUCA